UGUUUUAAUGAUGAUUGUUACUCAAUACGUAAUUGUGGUUAUAAUAGUUAAUACAAAGAUUAAAUAUUUCCAAGUUUAUCGGAGACUAAACAGAAGUAUAAUUUUCGCAAACUUAUAUCUAUACACAGUUAUGAUUUAAAAUGAAUAUGCAACGAUAACGAAAAUGUUGAUUGAUCAUUAUGUUCAAGGAGAUGCUCCUAUUAAUAGAGAACGAGCAAAAAUUAAUCCUUUGUCACUACAAUCUUUUUUCAGAAUCGAAGUGAGUGCUUGUCCGCUAGGAUACAUAUAUAAAAUUAUCUGCGAAGAAAAAUCCAUUUCUUUUAGAGAACAUGAUUACGAACGGGCUCUAGCUGAUAUUAGAACGAGAGAUGACUUUUUUGCUAUUUACUGGCUUACUUGGAGUGACAAAUAUAAAGGAGUCACGACCUAUCCUCUAGAUACAUUUUGUAUUAUAGAUCCGCACAAUAUUCUACGAGAUAUUCUAGAGGGUUAUGAUUGCGACAGAUGCUGGUAUUCUAUCAACUCUAUUGACGAUAUUGAUACUCUCCCUUGUACCAACGAAUAUGUGUGCAAUAUAAAUACUUUGUCAGAAGCAAACAUCGCAAUAUUUAAAAAGAAAGAUAUGCGUAUUAUUAAAGAUGAUAUUAUAAAAGAAUUUAAAUGUUCAGCUCAUGACGUAGCUUAUUUUGUUCUUCAUACUAAAAUUCUUGAUGAUAUCAACAUAAAUGAAGCACUGGAAAUAGUCCUUAGCGGAUCGUAUUCUCAAUCCGAGUUUUAAAAAUCAUAUGAUAGAUAAUUUAUUAAUGAAUUUAUUUCAAUAAGUAUAAUGGAGUCACAUGCCUUAAUUGAC